GUCACUUCCUGGCCCUGCAGCCGCCGGCAGCGAGGCCACGGCCGGGCCGGGGCCCGCAGCCGCCCGCCGCCACCGCCGCCAGCACCAUGCCCUUUGACUUCAGGAGGUUUGACAUCUACAGGAAGGUGCCAAAAGACCUUACACAGCCAACCUACACAGGGGCCAUUAUCUCUGUCUGCUGCUGUCUCUUCAUAUUGUUUCUCUUCCUGUCUGAGCUCACCGGAUUCAUAGCCACUGAAAUAGUUAAUGAGCUCUACGUGGAUGACCCAGACAAAGACAGUGGAGGGAAAAUAGAAGUGAACCUGAACAUCAGUUUGCCAAACCUGCACUGUGAAUUGGUUGGACUGGACAUCCAGGAUGAAAUGGGAAGGCACGAAGUGGGUCACAUUGACAACUCAAUGAAGAUCCCUCUCAAUAAUGGGGAUGGCUGCAGGUUUGAGGGCCAUUUCAGCAUCAACAAGGUCCCUGGUAACUUCCACGUGUCGACGCACAGCGCGACGGCGCAGCCCCAGAACCCCGACAUGACUCACGUCAUCCACAAGCUCUCAUUUGGGGACAAGCUGCAGGUCCACAACGUUCACGGAGCAUUCAAUGCCUUGGAGGGAGCAGACAAGCUCAGCUCAAACCCCCUUGCCUCUCACGACUACAUCCUGAAGAUUGUGCCCACGGUGUACGAGGACAUGAGCGGCAAGCAGCGGUACUCCUACCAGUACACGGUGGCAAACAAGGAAUAUGUAGCCUACAGCCACACUGGCCGCAUCAUCCCGGCCAUCUGGUUCCGCUACGACCUGAGCCCCAUCACAGUGAAAUACACAGAGAGGAGACAGCCUUUGUACAGGUUUAUCACAUCGAUAUGUGCCAUCAUUGGAGGAACAUUUACUGUAGCUGGGAUCCUCGACUCCUGCAUUUUCACAGCAUCAGAGGCCUGGAAGAAAAUCCAGCUGGGCAAAAUGCAGUAGCAGUGAAACUACCCUCGACUCCAAGGACAGGAGCAAAGAUUGAGAAAUCUACCACUACCUGUUUUUGUCUUUAUUUUCUAUUUGAUUGAAUCAGUAUGGUUUUUUUUCUAAUCAGGCUGUUCAGUGAAAGCGUCUUCAACAAAUCAAAGAAAUCUCCAUGCAUUUCAGAGCUCUGAGAGGGAAAAAUCAGUGGAAUCAGUGUGGAUUUUGAUUCCCUCCCCCCAGAAAGAGAUGUUGAAAUGCUGUGUCAGAUCUAAGGAAGGAUGGCAGUCUGUCCUCUGGGAGGUUCCUAUGGCAGUGUACAAACUAGGGAGUAGAUGGCAAAGAGCUGAACUGUCUUGUGGCACUUUUUGGAGUUCUGUUGGAUUUGCAUGAUCAGACAAUCAAUUUUUGUAUAGGGCAAAAUAACACAUGAGGAAGAAAUUCCACCCAUGGUGCCAAAAAAGGUGAUGUAUCUGUUGGUGAGGAGUGGAAAGUGUUAGUCCCCACAGCAAACCUAAGAGACAGAGGGCAGAAAUAACAUCAAGAAAUGUUUUGUGCUUCUAUUGAAAGCUCAGUUGUUCAGAUACAACCUUUCUAACAAAGUGAAAAAAGAACAGGAAGCCUUCCCCAGCUACCUUUUCCUUGGUGAUCCCAGCAGUGGAGGGCAUUUCUUUUACUCUAGAUGUAAAAGUGGUUUCAUUUCUUCCCACUAAAUGAAUAUCCAGUCUUGUGUUUACAGGUGGCAUGAAGUAAAAACCAAACUGAGCAACACAGUUUUAUGUGGCCUUUGCUUUGAAAGGGAAUAGUCAUUACAGCAUUAGUUUUUCUUUCUUCUGUUUCUAGACAUAGAGCACCCAAAAGUCUGGAUUCUGCACUUCUGCUUUAUUAUUGUUGUGUUGUUUUUUUUAUCUAAAAGAGGUUUUAUAUUCUCUGUGCUCAGAAAAAUGGUGCAGCCCUCUGGGUGGAUGGGCACAGCUUCCUCUCUUGCUUUGUGUGUGUGUAUUCAAUACACCUGCCAAACACAGGAAUUCUGACUUUUCAGGAUUUAAGGUGCCUCCCUUUUCCUUUAACUCAGUCAGGGCAUCUUUUCUGAGCCUUGGACUGACACUGUUCUCCCACAGGUACCCAGGGCAGCAUUCCCACAGGCUGACCCUUGCUGGGAGUUUUCUUUGAUCCCUUAAAAAGAUUCCUGAGCUUCCCUGUCCAUUCCUUCCAGCCUUGUCUUCUGGAGCCUCCAAAACACGGAGCUGUGAGGGGAAAGCUCCUGCCAGGGUGUGUCUUGCAUGUUGUGGUGGGCAUGAGGUCUCAAAAAUGAGACCAGAUGCCCCCCAGUGCAUUUUGUAGAGCCUCAUCAACAUUCCUUGAGUAGUGACAGUCUCAGUAAUUCAGUAAUUCACAUGCCUUGUGAAUGUCUGAGCUGAGGAGACACAUAUUCUACGUCUUUUAGGAUGGAUUAAAUAAAAAUAAUCAUAAAACAAAGGUCUUGAACUCAGCGCUGUAAAUUCUAAGAUGGGUGCAGUGUUUCUCUUGGAUGAUCUCCACUGCCUUUUCCUGGAGGCAAAAUAUCCAAACUCUACGCUGUGAUGAUAUGAAUUGUUGAAUAUUCAGUGUUAUUGUUAGAGUCAGAUGCAUUUCAGAAGAAUUCCUGAUGGUUGUUGAAAUUGUCUCAUUGCUCUGGGAGCAGGCAAGGGGCAGCCAGUUUUAUCCACCCACCAAAAAGAAGCAGCCAGCUCCUCUCCCCCUGCCAUGCUCUGCCCUGCAGUGACUUCAGACAGCAUUGCAAUUUUUCCCUGUUCUUCUCUGGACUGAUUGCUCUUACUUUAGGUGUAAACUGGAUUGUGUAACUUCCUGUACCCCUUCAUCUAUGGGUAGAUUUUUUUUUUUUUUUUACUUUUAUUUUUUCCCACGUUUACAAAAAUGAACUUUUUCAAUGAGGUGCUUGUGUUCAUUUUGGGUUUGUGUGCCUGCGAGUGGAGCCCUCUGGAUGUAGGAUUUUCCAUGGCAAUUGCUUCUCCUGCUGGCUGAAGGAUUUCCUCUAAUCCACUGUGACCAGCUGAAACUCACAGCUAAAAUGUCCUGAUUUUUCCUUUUGGAUUUGGUGAGUCUUUGCAGACAGCUUGGGAACAGUGGAUUACAACGAUGAGAUUUUUAAUAUUUUAGCAGCUUCCUUACACUGAGAUUUAUUUAAUUCAUCCUUUUGAGCUGGGCAAGGGGAGAUCUUUGCAGCACAGUUCAUUUUCUGAAAUUUCUCCUCUGGUACAAUUUCUUUGACACAAGCAAAGGUGGUUGCAGAAUCUUUUGUGUCCCCUGGUGAGUUAUUCCCACCCUUCUCCCCAUUCCCUUAAACUGCCUCUUGUGCAGUCCAGGCCAGGUCUCUAAACCAGACCACUGCGACUGGUUUGUUUGGGGAGUUAUUUUGGGUUUGUUGUUGGUUUUUUUUUUGUUUUCUUUUUCUUUUUUUCUUUUUCAAAAUAACACAAUUCCGUGUGCCUGUUCUCUCUGCCAAAACAUCCCCUGUAAUAAGGUGACAAAUCACUUUUUUGUUUGUUUGUUUGUUUUUUAUUGCAAGGCAGUUACUGUCUCUGCAGCCAUGAGAUCUCACUUUUAUUCUGAAUUUUCUGUAAAGAAAAUGAGCUUAGUUGUGCUUUUAAACCUCCUUGCAAACAAAAGAAUUUCAAGUCAGAGCAGAAGGAAACCCUCAGUUAUAGGGUUCUGAUUUUGCCCUUUCAAGUAAGUGUUUUGAUAGAAGUAUUUGGGUUUCCAAAAAAGACAUCCCUGUAGGAAAUAUUUCAAACUCUCAUUUGAAAUUAUUCCCUGUGACUCCAGACUCCACCCUAUGGUGAAAACUUGAGGCAUAGGAUGCUUUGCAAUGGUGGAGUUAAAAACUUCUGUCUCUAGGGAAAGUUAUUAGGUGUAAUCUAGGCAAUAUCUGGACUGCUGAAGAGGAUCUUUUAAAAGAAAAUAAAAUGGAAAAAGGGUACAAAAACCCGUGAGAGAUGAGCCUGUGAAUGCUUGAGCUGAUCUCUCAAAUUCUUGCGUUUAUGUGCGCUGUUAAAAAUGAGAUCUGCGAUGUAAGUGGCCCUGUCUGCCACCAGCUCCUGGGUUUUUCUCGUUUAUUUUUCUUCCUCUGUGUGACACACGGGCUGUUGGGGCUGGGAAUGGCUGUGCUGAGUCUCUGCUUUACCAGAGUCGUUUGAAUUUGCAAAUUGGGGGUGUCAGUGAGGGGUUUGUCCCUGCAAUGUGGGAGAGAGGGGCAGGGAGGAGGAGCAGCCCUGCCGUGUCUGGUACAGCAAUGUUUAAAGCACAAGUCUUUUACAUUUCUACAGUGCAGACUGUUAAAGAGUUCUGGCAUUUGUCUUUUUAAUUUGCAACCUUAUGUUAAUAAACUAUUAGCAUUUUUAGUUCCAUAAUUAAAAAUAAAACUCUUACGUGUUUCGAUUGGC